UCUUCUAACAUGCCUCGUGUGCGGUGGCGUUCGAUACUGUGGUAUAUUUUGAACUUUUUUUGGAUUGUUGCGGUGACAGCCGACUGCUGGUUCGAGAACGAGCGUCAUAAAGAAGGUCAGGAAGUGCCCACGACUGAAUCGUGCUUGAAUUGCACCUGUAGCCAAGGUACUCUCGUUUGCUAUCUGCGUGUAUGUCCCAAGUUUCCUAAUCCACCUCCGUCGGGCUGUAUCGCGUUACACAGACAUAAAACCUGUUGUCCCGAAUUAGUAUGCACAGACAACCCAGCGGGCAACCGAAUUGAGGCACGAUCAGAUACAUUUCAAAUUCCAACUGGCCAUAAAAAGCUAAUGGGAAAUGUUUGUAUCGCAAAUGGUACCGUUUACGGUCCUGGAUCGGCAAUGGGAACCUCGAGCCUAUGUGAGUAUUGCUAUUGCAUUGGAGGUGAGCAGACGUGUAUAAAACCAAAGUGCCUUCUGAGUUUGGAAGGGUGCACUCCGAUCUUCGAAAAACACAACUGUUGCCCAGUACGUUACAAUUGCACUGGAUUUUACGCUCCCACUAGCACAACAACUCAAAUGCCCCAUUGGAGAAGUACAUGUGCAGUUGGUGGUGUACAAUACGAGGAGGGAAGCAAAGUGGUAGGAAUCGGGCAUUCGGCAUGCGACAAUUGUUAUUGCAUCAGGGGAAUUCUGCGAUGUGAGCCUCUAUCGUGCGCCCCCGCCAUCUUGGGAUGCAUUCCAGUCGUCAAACCUGGUCAGUGCUGUCCCGAAAGUUAUAACUGCAAUGGUCCGUUCGACAUACAGGCAGAAGUAAAUUAUGACAACCAUCCAACUGUAAGUAAAGAGUACGCGAAGUUGAGGAAGGAAGUACAACUACUCCCAAGCAAGAACGUCUCUGAUACUUACUACGUUGUGGCUGAGUCUACCACAGUAAAUCAGAAAGGUGCGAGUAAUACCGACCCAAGCAUCUUUACUACAUCUGAAUCUACAACCGCAAGCAUAGGUAAAAAGUAUACCUCCGGCCCAGAGCCAAUCCUUGACGUACGUACGCGCCCAAGCACCGGUGACAGAAGAACCAAACCAGCACUAUCUUUUGGUACGACAAAUUACGUAUUUCAGAAUACAAGGUAUAAAAGGCCUUUACUAACCACCGCUUUUGAUUCAACAACGCCUAAGCUGAAAACCAAUGAACAAACUACAAAUAAACAACUAAGAGCGUCUGACUACGAAAGCGACCUUAUGAAAAUAGUUGAUUCCUUUUUCGGUAACGACAAUGAAAUAGAAGACAAUGUAACAGAAGUCCAUACAAGCCUCACAACAAAGCAACCGACCAACAUUAACUUAACCGAUGUCUUAUCGACCAUACUCUCAACUCUAACCGAGGAUCUUUCGACAACUUUUAAUGGGGAAACAUCGACAUCACUUUCGUCUACCUUAGAUGAAGCCCCAGAAACUUCACUUACAACGGCGGCGACUAGAAUGAACUCGACGGCAGUGACGGCCGUUGUUACAACCACGGAUUGCAUAAAAAAUAACGACACCACCAGAACAUCGCAAAAAGAUGACCAAGCCACCUCCACCGAAGCUAUCGAUAGCACAUCGACUUUCUCGACAACUGCACUUGACUAUACCGAAGUUGAUUUGGAAUCGAAAGUUAAAGUGAACACUCUUACGGUUACCCCAUACAAAAAACUUACGCCGGAUAUUGAGACAAUUUUAAAUAGUACGAUCACCAACCACAAGGAUUACGAGGACUACGACUAUGAUGAGCCGACGUUGCCGCCAUCGCUACCAAAUUUGAAGAUAAUUCCCUUCGUAGCUGCUGACGCCCUCGAUCUGAAGGGUCGCGACCAAGAGAAUUCUUUAUAUCCUGAUCGGGUGACUGAAGCGCCGCCCUACAGUUUAUUUUCGCCUCCUGAUAAGACUGAAGGAGGAUUCGUGCCGAAACAACCGCCGCUGAUACCCGAAUACUACGAGAAGGCGAAUUCGAUCAUCACAUCAGCAACCACAUCUCAGUCCAUCACUAAUAUGGUCAAAUCUCACGAACAUAACUGCAUCGCAGAUGGUCGGGAAAUUAAGCAUCGCGAAACCGCCACCGAGCAAGACUGCAUCGUUUGCGUUUGCUUUUACGGUAACAUAAUCUGUCAGCAACCACCCUGUCCGUCUCCUGCCCAAAUGUGUUCGAAAUCAUCUGAGCAUAAAGUGUCCAGCUGUUGCUCUCGCGUAGUUUGCGAACCCCGCGAAUCUCCAACAAUGGCGAAGGAUCGUAUGGACAUCAAUGUUCAAGAUAUCAUUACACUUGCUGAAGGUGCGACGACACGCGAUCCUUUUAAAAAUGUAAUACGAACAGAACCAGCGCCAAGUUUGCAAAUGGUAGACUUCCCCUACUUAACUAGACCAACAACACAAAAGUUGACGGUCAUUCCAACAACUACACCGGGUAAAAAGGAUGAACUUUCAAUUCACAGCAUCCUAGACCUUCUACUUUAUGGCACACCAACAACUGCCGGCACCAAACCCGAAAAUCCCACAACACCGACUCCAACACCAAGCUCUCAAAAAUCGACCGGUGGAGGUGUAGGAUUAUUGAAACUGGCCGGCUGUAACAUCUACGGACGGAUGUAUCGUGUCGGUAGGAUUAUUUCUGAACUUUCCGGUCCUUGCAUGGAAUGUAGGUGUACCGAAGUCGGCGUCCAAUGCACCCCACUAAAAUGUUGAUCUCAGCAAGCUUAGUAUUUUCAUUGUGAUUACUUUAAUGAUUGUAGAAAUUUUAUCACCAAACUGUGCCAUUUCUUCCCAUUUAUCAAACAAUUAGCACGUUUACCAUAGUAAUAAAUUAACCAUAGUACAAUACCCAGGUUGUCUUUCAAAAUAUACAAUAGCAUUAAGAUUUAACAGAGGCUAAUAGAUUUAAUGAACAUUUUCGUAUAUUUAGGGAUAUGAUCCGUAAGAUGUUUUGUGCGUUUUGCCAAUAGAGGCUAAAUUUUAUGUUUAAGUUCAUAGUUGUAGAGUAUUUAUUAAUAAAGUCUAAUUCCGAUUUUUUG